AUGUCUUCUAAAAGAGAAGUUAUUGCUAAGCAUAGAGUUGAGAGUGCUUCCAGAUCCUAGAAAAGAAAAUUAGAAUAGGCUAUGCUUCAAGUCAAUAGUCAUCAACCUAUUACCAAAGCACAACAAGCUUUGCCCUCGGAGGAUGUUGAAUUAUAUAACAAUGUGAAUGUGUAACAUGUCAUCAAUGGAACAGAUUUUGCUUGGAAUCAUCUCGAGAGUAUGCCAAAGAAACAAAUUGAUAUAGUCUUUCUCCCAUAGACGAUUGCUGGAAUGCAGAACGUCUAUUGUGUUGUUAAAAAAAAAUAUAAUGCAGAAAUGGCUAGGAGAGAAUAAAUGGAGGCUGAAAGGAUUUAAAAGAACUAAGAGAAACAUCACUAAUUCGAAUAGAGGAAACUCAAAAAUGGAUUAAUCUAUGCCAAAUUAGGUUUGAAGAAAACUUAUCAAUCUGCUCCUGCCACUCAAUUCACAGAAGAACCUCUGUUUCAAAGAUUGAGCAAGCCUAAGCAAUCCUUCAUUUAGCAAUCUACUUAUGAUCUACCAGAUUUUAGAGGAUUGCCAAUCAAGAAUCUCACUUAUGUUGACAAAUAUAAAAAUCCAAUUCUGAUUAAUCAUUUCAUGAGUUCCAAUCUAUUACCCAAAUCUGUGAAUAAGGACAAAAUCAGAACCAAAUUUGAAACAUCUGAUUAAAAACUAGAGAAAUUUCAAAAUACAAUUCAAGUAGAUGAAAUGAAUCUGGAUAAUGAUUUUAAAGACAAUGCAAUGCUAGAAAUCGAUCAAUUUGAAAAGAUGCUAUCUACAAUGCCCUAGACUAUGUAUUCAUAAGUUAAAGAUAGAGAGAAUCAAUUGCUCUAAUCAGUUGAAGGCUUUAGAUCAAUUAGGAAGAUUAAAAGAGAUCCAAAUUAUCGGCACAUUAUUGGAAAUCAAAUUAGAGAUUAAAUUUUAUAAAAAUAAUGA